CUGAAGCUGUGAAAACGAGCAUAUGGGCAUCUUAAAGACUUCUUAUGCAAGCAUCACAGUGUAAGAGGAAGACCAGAAAAAUAAUAAUAAAUGAAAAUGAGGCUCCAGAUCUAAAAUUUUCACAAUCUUGUUUUUCUUUUGAGGGGAACUGUCCUGGACUGACAAGUCAUGUAGGAACGUGACAGUCUAUCAGCACGUUUGCUCUCCAGGGAUUCAGGCGAAACAAGCAAAAUGUCUGACAGCAAUGAUGUUUGGGAGUCAGCCGGCAGUGGGUCAAGGGAUGUGCUCGAGGACAAUAAAGACACAAGUGGAUUUUCUGAACAUGAACUCCUGGACAUCAUGUAUAAUGCAUGUAACACCUCCAACACAGGAGAGGUGUUGGCCUCCACCAUCCUGCAGUACCUGCAGACCAUGACGUCUCAGAGUGCGGAGCAGGACAGACUGGCUGCCCUGCGACGGCUGCUGGACCCUGACUGUCAAGACCCGCAUGUAAGCAGAGAGACUUUCCACUCCACCAUGAGGGAGUGGAUCGCACAGUGCAGCCAGGACAGUUCUGAUGUAGACAGCAGUCAUGUGUCUUGGCCUGACUCUUCUGAAGUGCCUGUAAAUGGACUGGAUUUCUCAGCUUCUCAAAGCAAAGCUGCCUCCUCAGAAAGCCACCGGUGUUCCUGUGGUGAUGGAAAAGACCUGUUAGGCACAGUGGCCGAACUGAAGCACGCUCACCGCAAGCUGAGCGAGCAGAACAGCAGCCUGCUGAGGACAGUGGCUCAUGGUGAAGACGUAAACCUGCAGCUCACUCUGGAGAUCACUGAGCUGCGAGCCAAGCUGGCCAGUGCUCAGCGGUCAGCAGUGAGAGCCAGAUCCCUGACAGAAGAACUGGAAGAGACGCGUCGGGCGUUUAAAGAGGCCCAGGAGAGAGCGAGCCGCACACAGACCAUCUGCACCAAACUGAGCAAUGAGGUUGAAUGCCAGAAGGUUAACAUUCAGAGGCUUGAAGACAAGAAUGAAAAACUUACCUUUGAAAGGACAUGUUCUGAAGAUAGCAUCAACAAACUGAGGAAAUUCAACACUGAGUUGAGGACCGAACUCGAGGAAACCCUGCUGAUGUUGACGUUGAGAGACAGAGAAAUCACAAAGAAAGACAUUCUUAUGGAUAAGAUGAAGAGCUCUCAUGUGGAGAAUCACAACAUGAUUGAGGGUCUGCAGUCAGAGCUGGUGAGGUUACAGGAACAUUCACACCAAGUUCUUUUGAGGUAUGACAGACACUGUAUCAGUUCUCAGAGUCUCUACAGUCGGGAUCCUCCAAACCACCGCUCCCUGCAGAGUGAGAUUCAGGACAUGCAGCAGCAGCAUCACAGAGCUCUGGACGACAUAAGCCUCCCAUCCCUGCACACACACAGCGAUGAUAUUCAGAGCAUCAUCCACAGGAUCAAGUCUGCAGAAAUUGCUCAUCUUCUGCAUAACAAGUAUCCUGAGAAGGACUGUGCUCUUGUAGAAACACAGGAGAGGCCCUUUCCUCACCGCCAGCAGCGACCGACAAGCAUCAAGCAGCAGCUUGUCAAUGUGCUGCAAGAGCUGGAGCUUCACAAGUGUGUGUGGGAGGAGAAAGGGGAGAAGGUGGAGGAGCGGCGGAGAGCCUGCGAGAAGGAGCAAAAGCAAAGCCAGACUGGGAGCCAGACUCAGAUCCAGGAGGCCAAGAAGGUGUCUGUGGUGAACUGGUGGAAAGCCUGCAGUGCAGAGGGGGCUAAGGCCCUGACAAAAGAGACACAGUCGGGCCAGGAGCUAUCUGAGACACAAGUAAAGCUCCAGCAAGCAGAGCAGGCGCUCACUGAUAUGAGGGAGCAGGUCUGCCUCCUGCAAGCCUCUCUUAGAUCUGCACAGGAGUUUGUCGCCGAGCAAAAGAACAGCAGUCUUCAUAUCGACAAGGGAACCAACACUGAGAGAGAAGAACCAGACACAGCUGUGGAGAAGGUUGUGAAGGAUCAGAGGGAUGCAGCGGUGGCCACGGAUAUUACAGGGGAAGCUGCCUCAGAGCAGGAGCAAACCCAGCUUCGAGUGACCGCAGACGGUCUCCUGGAGACCCUCCGAAGGAUGGAGGCGAAGGUCAACAACGCCCUGGAGACUGCCGAGCUGGUGAGAGAGAGUGAGCAGAGGGUGAGCCAGGUGAGAGUGAGGAUGGAGAGCAUUACUCGGAGGGUGGAGGAGGCUCUGGACCGAGCAGGCUACACUGACGAGCAGCUGAACGGUCUGGAGGCCAGGCCAACUCAGUCUCCAGGUCCCAGUCUGCCAGCUGAUCCUGGAACAGAUGUCACAGGCUUUACGGCCGAGUCAGAUGUGGAGCCUUCUAUAAUCCCAGAAGUCAGUGAGCCUCCACAGCUAACCAUGAAUGGUGGCACAGGACAAGGCAGCUGCAGCACGCUCCAGGAAGAGGAGGAACACUUCGUGCAGGGAUCUCCCCUUGAGCAAAGUGAUCAUAACUCCGAGGAGUGCUGCGCUGCCCCGUACGCCGCUGGGGGACCUUUUAUUUUCCCCAACACCCGUUCACGUCCCCCACUGCUCCCCGCCAUGCCCACACUGCCAGAGGAAGAGGAGGACUCCCCCGAGGAGCUGGACAGUUCCUCCAGCUCUCCCAGUACAUCUACACCAGGCGAAAGUGGAGCUGUCAUCAUGACUGCCCCCACCAUCAUCUUCCCACAGCAGGCUACUAUUGUACAACAAGAUGGACGUCCUCUGGAGCAGACCAGGCCACACAGUCCCAGAGCUCGCCUGGCCAGAAACUCCUCUGGAGGACCCAUCACCACAGUCGACAGCACGGGUAAUGUGAUCGACUUGGUGAAAGAUAAGCUGCCGGAGCUGCAGCUCUCUGAGGAGGAUCGACAGAAGAACCUGGAGCUGCUCCAACAGGCCAAGAAGGUCAGCGACCGUUUCCUGACACGCCGUGGCCGCCGCUCCCUCACUGACUCACCCACAGGUCUUUCUCCAACUCAAACUCCAUCGUCCUCCCCGUGUUCAUCUAGAAGCAGCUCACUGACUGUGGCUCCUCAAACUGCUGUUGAGGCAACCCAUGUCAGCUCACAGUCGGUUGGGCAGCAUCGGGAGGUUCCUUCAUUGCGAGAUCAGCCUGACGUAACGACCCAGGAUCAGGAGGGCAACAGACUGUUGGUGGACUGGAAGCCCUCUGAGAAGAGAAAAGUGUCCUCUGGGACUCUAACACCGCGUUUUGCUGUUCAGAAGGAGAACUGUGAUCCUGCUGUACCUAAGAGUCCAGUCAGUAAAGCAGAUGAGGGACCUGGUCCAGGCCGAAACGCCAGCCAGGCCCCGGCCACAGGUGUGGCCAAGCCCGUCCCCCAACCCCCUACUCAACAGGCCCCCUGUACAGCAGAGAUCAAGACGAUUGGGGCCUUCCCUCCGCUGAUGAGGGCUGUUUCCUGGGAUGCUGUAGGCAGCCUUAAUUCUAGAAAUGGAGCCCCGAGUUUCCCUCCUACAGCGGAGGACACCUUCUCAGACAAGCCCAGGGAUGCUGUCUUCAAGUCCUCAGGGUACAAGGACCUCCCCACCCUGCAGGGGAGUGUACCGAAACUGUCUAAAUUCAGAGAGGAGCACAAGCUGAUGCGUAACCAAAGCAUAGUGGGAUCCAAGUUACCAGACCUGAGCGAAGCUGCUGAACAGGAAAAAGGUCCUCUAGCUUCUCCAAACUCAGUCAGUAGUAAGGAGGCAAAGGAGAAGUCCGAGGCCAUGCCAAACAUUUCAGAUGUGAUGCUGAGAAAACUCAAACUCCACCGAGGUCUACCAGGCUGUGCACCCCCUCUCACUGAAAAAGAAGUUGAGAAUGCUUUCAUCCAGCUGUCACUGGCAUUUCGUAAUGACAACUACACUCUGGAGAUGCGGCUCAAACAGGCAGAGAGGGAGAGGAACCUGACAGAGGAAGACACAGAGAAAGAACUAGAAGAGUUCAAAGGUGCACUGAAGAUUACUUCGCCACAGUGGCAAAACCUGGAGCAGCGUGAGGCCUACCAGCGCUUCAUUGAGACAAUAGCGGUACUGCACCGACUGGCCACACGGCUCUCCAGCAGAUCAGAGAUUGUCGGAGCAGUUCGACAGGAGAAACGUAUGAACAAGGCCACCGAGGUCAUGAUGCAAUAUGUAGAAAAUCUGAAGAGGACGUAUGAGAAGGACCACGCAGAGCUGAUGGAGUUUAAGAAGUUGGCCAACCAGAACUCAAAUCGCUGUUACGGAGGGUCCAUAGACACUGGAGAUGAUGGAGUUCCGCGGCCGUCAAGAUCGAUGUCCCUCACUCUGGGAAAGGCUCUGCCCAGACGUAGGGUGAGCGUAGCGGUGGUGCCUAAGUUUAACCUCCUGAACAUCCCAGGUCAGACCCCAGCCACAGCCGGCGCGGGACCCACUGUGAGCCUCAAUGUGGGACCCACCGCUGGUGCUGCUCUUCCUGUCCUGUGUGAAGCAAAUGAUGUGAAACCCAACACUCCCACAGAGGCGACACAACCAGCAGCAUCAGAAGAAUGUGGAAAGAGGGUGUCAGGGCAGGAAAGUGAGCCAGCCAAGCCUCCAGUCAACUUAGAGGAGAUCAAAGCCGAGAUCAGAGCCGAGCUCAAAGCAAAGCUCGAGGAGGAGGCAUAUAAUAAAGGCUACCAAGAGGGACUGAGGCAAAGCAAAGUGAUCCAGGAGGAGAAGCAGGAAGAGGAAAAUGCUGCAGAGAAAUUGCUGGAAUCAAAAAAUAAGGAUGAAGAGAGCGGAAAGAAGAGACGGACGAGCAGUUUAAGGAUGACCAGGAGGAUGGAAGAGGUCCUGGUUCUUCUUGGUCGCUUUUGUCCCAAGAUUCCCUUGAAUCGGCGACUUCUCUGGAUCGCCCUGACACUGUUUGUGGUGAUGUGUCUCGUUAUCAGUAUUUUUGCAUUCUUCAGUGACUACUAUAACAGACGUGAGGACACGUAAGCAGAGAUGGACUUUGUGCGAGGCGAUGAAGAUCUUUGGACUGAGUGUAGCUGAACAACCAAAGAACCCCAGUACAGAAUAACAGAGUCAUCCUCCGUCUCUGUCAGUUUACCAUAUCACCACACUCGGACUCACUUGAAUCCAUGACCCUGAUUUUCGAGGGCCAAAGACGUUUUGGGAGGCUUUAUGGGUUUGCCUUUGUCAAAGUUAUCGCAAAGUUAUAUUAUUGUUUGGAUUGAAAAAUUGAGAGAUUGUUUGCUGCAGUGAGAAAAAAAGAUAAUUUCUGUUUAAGGGACCAAUUAUAUAGUGUGAUGAUAUAUAUAUAUUUAAAUUAGAUGCAUAUGUAAUGAUAUGUUCUGGUUUGGGUACAUUUUGAUGAUGAAUAUGGCACUUUCCAUUAAAUGCCGCAGUAGAAACGGUGUAUAUUUAUCUACACUCUAAUGUUAAAGUAUGAUCUCUUAGGUCCAAUAGAUAGUAAACCCCCCGAGAGAUUUUGAAGUAAUAUUUAAUGUUUAUGUUUUGUUUAAUUUCUAUAAUGUGUAUUUAAAUACUUUAAAAUAUAAGCACAUUCCAAAGUUCCUUAAGUGCAAUAUUUUGCAGUUGAUGGUUCUCGUUUGUGCCAUUUUGGAUUGUGUCAUCAGAGCACUGAGAGAUUUUCUUCUUGUAUGAGAGCACUGACUAAAUGGCAUGAGGCUUAUUUGUAUCUUCUUUGCACAUGUGUGCCUACCUGUGUUGUUUGUUCUUUGUGUAUUUUAGGCUCUGCCACUUCACCUUUAAAUAAAGGUGCCUGAGAUA